AUGAAACAAUACCCCAGAGAAAUCAGAGAACUUGUUCCAAGAUCAAGGAAAGCCAAAAAACCUGAUGAAGCACAAUUUAAAUUAAAUGGCCGAAUCAACAGACACAAUUGCGUGUACUGGUCUACAGACAAUCCGCAUAUCACCAUCCAAGAAGAAUUAAAUGUUCCAGGUGUAACGUUAUGGCUUGGUGUUUGCUCCUUCGGAAUCAUUGGCCCUUACUUUUUCGACACAACAGUAACAGGUGCUGCAUACCUUGAUUUGUUGAUGGAACUGCGCGAAGAACUGAAUAAUAACCCGGAUUUUUCUGGUCGUGUGUUAACUCUUCAACAAGAUGGCGCGCCGGCCCAUUACGCUGUAAUUGUUCGCGAAUUCCUAAAUCAAAAUUUUCCGGAUUGGAUUGGUAGACGAGGUCAAGUGGAAUGGCCACCAAGAUCUCCUGACCUGACUCCUUUAGAUUUUGCAGUGUGGGGAAUUUUAAAGGAUAGGGUGUUCAAAAAUGCUUUACCAGAUGUGGAGACCAUGAAAAACAUAAUCACCAACGAAGUCGAUACGCUGAAUGCAGAUAAACCUACACUUGCGCGCAUCUGUAAAGCUGUUAAGAAGCGAUGUCUGAAGUGCACAGAACAAGAAGGAGGUCAUUUCGAACAUCUGUUAUGA